CCUUCCGCCGCGAAGGGCUUGGGGGCAGCGAAGCAGGAAUCGGCCCUUUGCAGAGACGGUGGGCUGAAGGGAUGCAACCGUGCGCAGGAUUUCGCCAUCCUAUCCUGGAUUAAGAAUAUAAGAGCUGAGCCAGUUCAGAGGGAGGGUUUAUCUAGUCCACCAUCUUGUUGCCAAGACAGCCCAUCAUCCAGAUGCCUCCAGGAAAUCUCCAAGGAGGGCAUGAAGGCGGCAGGCCUCUCAAACGGUCUUUCCCCAGCAUCCGGCACUCAGAGGCCCCAGCUUUGGAACUCUAUCCCACGAGGUGCGUGUUUGACUCAUUCUCUCAUGGUAUUCCAGGGGCAGGGGUAAUCAUGGGUCAGACCGGAAAGAAAUCUGAGAAGGGACCAAUUUGCUGGAGGAGGCGUGUAAAAUCAGAAUAUAUGCGACUUAGGCAGCUCAAGAGAUUCAGACGGGCAGAUGAAGUAAAGAGUAUGUUUAAUUCUAAUCGCCAGAAGAUACAAGAGAGAACAGAAAUUUUAAAUCAAGAGUGGAAACAACGGCGGAUACAACCUGUACACAUCAUGACUUCUGUGAGCUCAUUGCGUGGGACCAGGGAGUGUUCUGUCAUCAGUGACUUAGAUUUUCCGAAACAAGUUAUCCCUCUGAAGACUCUAAAUGCUGUUGCCUCAGUGCCCAUCAUGUACUCUUGGUCUCCCUUACAGCAAAAUUUUAUGGUAGAAGAUGAGACAGUUUUGCACAACAUUCCUUAUAUGGGAGAUGAAGUGCUUGACCAGGACGGAACAUUUAUUGAAGAACUAAUCAAGAAUUAUGAUGGGAAGGUUCAUGGAGACAGAGAAUGUGGGUUUAUCAAUGAUGAGAUAUUUGUGGAGCUUGUCAAUGCUCUUGGUCAGUAUAGUGAUGAUGACGACGACGAUGAUGAUGACGACGAUGAUGACGAUGAUGAUGAUAAUCUUGAUGGAAGAAAUGAGAAGCGGAAAAAUCAGGAGACCAACAGACUAGAUAAAGAGAGCCAUCCUCCUCGUAAAUUUCCUUCUGACAAGAUAUUUGAAGCCAUUUCAUCAAUGUUUCCAGAUAAGGGUACAUCCGAGGAAUUGAAAGAGAAGUACAAAGAACUUACAGAGCAGCAGCUUCCAGGAGCUCUUCCUCCCGAGUGCACACCAAACAUCGAUGGACCAAAUGCCAAAUCUGUUCAAAGGGAGCAAAGUUUGCACUCCUUUCAUACUCUCUUCUGUAGACGCUGUUUCAAAUAUGAUUGCUUCUUACAUCCAUUCCAUGCGACUCCUAACACUUAUAAACGGAAAAAUACGGAGACUGCAAUAGAUAAUAAACCAUGUGGGCCACACUGUUAUCAGCAUUUGGAAGGAGCCAAAGAAUUUGCUGCUGCUUUGACCGCUGAGCGAAUAAAGACGCCACCAAAGCGCCCAGGGGGUCGCCGAAGGGGACGGCUUCCCAACAAUACCAGCAGGCCUAGCACCCCGACGAUAAAUGUGUUGGAAUCUAAGGAUACAGAUAGUGACAGAGAAGCUGGGACUGAAACUGGAGGAGAAAAUAACGAUAAGGAAGAGGAGGAGAAGAAAGAUGAGACUUCAAGUUCCUCGGAAGCAAAUUCGAGAUGUCAAACGCCAAUCAAGAUGAAGCCAAAUAUUGAGCCCCCUGAAAAUGUUGAGUGGAGUGGCGCAGAGGCAUCAAUGUUCAGAGUUCUCAUUGGUACCUAUUAUGACAAUUUCUGUGCAAUUGCCAGGUUAAUUGGGACCAAAACAUGUAGGCAGGUGUACGAGUUUAGAGUAAAGGAAUCUAGUAUUAUUGCUCCUGCGCCUGCUGAAGACGUUGAUACUCCUCCAAGAAAGAAGAAGAGGAAACACAGAUUGUGGGCAGCUCAUUGCCGAAAGAUACAGCUGAAAAAGGAUGGGUCAUCCAAUCAUGUUUACAACUACCAGCCAUGUGAUCACCCACGUCAGCCUUGUGACAGCUCGUGCCCCUGCGUCAUUGCGCAGAACUUCUGUGAGAAGUUCUGUCAGUGCAGUUCAGAAUGCCAAAACAGGUUUCCUGGGUGCCGCUGCAAAGCACAAUGCAACACUAAGCAGUGUCCUUGCUACUUGGCUGUACGCGAGUGUGAUCCAGAUCUCUGUUUGACAUGUGGAGCGGCUGAUCAUUGGGACAGCAAAAAUGUCUCUUGCAAGAACUGCAGUAUUCAGCGAGGAUCCAAAAAGCAUUUGCUGCUAGCACCUUCUGAUGUGGCAGGCUGGGGGAUUUUCAUUAAGGAUCCAGUACAGAAAAACGAAUUCAUCUCUGAGUAUUGUGGCGAGAUUAUUUCACAGGAUGAAGCAGACAGAAGAGGAAAAGUGUAUGACAAAUACAUGUGCAGCUUUCUGUUCAACUUAAACAACGAUUUUGUAGUUGAUGCAACGCGGAAGGGUAACAAAAUAAGAUUUGCAAACCAUUCAGUCAAUCCCAACUGCUAUGCAAAAGUUAUGAUGGUUAAUGGAGAUCACAGAAUAGGCAUAUUUGCUAAGAGAGCCAUUCAGACUGGUGAAGAGCUGUUUUUUGACUAUAGAUACAGCCAGGCUGAUGCCCUCAAGUAUGUAGGCAUUGAAAGAGAAAUGGAAAUCCCUUGAUCUCAGCUACCUCUUCUAGAAAACAGCUGCCUUAUCUUCAGGAGUUUCUAGUACUGUGGGCAAUUUUUUUUAAAUUGAAUUGAUGCAAUUUGGAAUGCUGAAUUUGCAAAGUACUGUACCUGUAAUUUAUAAUGACAAAUUUAAAAAAUAAUUUUUAUUGCCUUUUCACCAGCUGCAACGUUUUGUACCAUUGAACUUUUGCAAUAAUGCAGUGUGGUACAUUUUUCAACCUUGAAUAAAGGAUACUUGAACUUUGA